AUGGCAACAUAUCAACUUCCCCCCCUCGUUGCUGUUGCCGCGGGCGUCGUCGGCUCCUCAUGGAUGUCAGGCGUAAUCGCAUCCCUCAGUGUCAUUGGUGUUCCUACCGCGCAACAGGUGGCCAAAUCUUCAGUGCUCGUGUGGCAUGGCCUAUUCAGCAAUGGCAUGGCCCUGAUGCCCAAAUGUGCCGUCGCCACGGCUCUGUCUUACUCUUACGCCGCCUACGCACUACGUGGGCAGGAGAGCGCCAAGGCCUGUUUGCUUUCUGCGGGACUCGUUGUUGCCAUCAUUCCCUUUACCCUUGUAUUCAUGUCGUCGACGAAUGCGUCGUUACUGGGCGCGGUGAAGGGAACAGCUUCAUUAAGCGCGGGCGAAGUUUCCGGUCUCAUCCGGAAAUGGGGCUAUUUGAACCUGGCAAGAAGUCUUUUGCCACUCGUUGGAGGAGUCGUGGCCUUGUCCAGUCUGAUGAAGCAUGGGGGAAUUUUGGCGAGGGAUGGGGGAAUGGCCAUGUAA